CACCCUCGUGCAGAUGAGUUUGCAACUAACAACUAAGACACGGCUACAGCAUGCCAGCGGCUAAGAACGAAGAGGGCUAGUAAUCAUGCACAUGAUAAUGCACAUCGUCUAACACACACAAAAAAUUGAUCCUCGUGUGCGAGUUUGCCCCUGAUAAUUAAGACACUUCCGAUAGGCCCAUAUACUAAUAAAUAUAUGAAACAAUAACAAGACAGCAGAGCGGCAUAAACUUGCCUUGAAGAUGGGGGACAAACUCUCAGGGCUUGAACUGACAAGAUUCCACUAAAAUGAUAGCUUGAGCAUGCAACUAUGUGAAGAUCCAUCAUCAAACUAUACCAUUGUUAAUUAGUCCUUGCUGCCAAUUAGUGGAACAUGAUAGAGUGAACAUGAGACGACUUUUGUGUUGGGAUCUCUAUGCUUCUGCCAGAUCUCAAGGCUGAUGUAAUGGCAUGAUUCUUCAUGUUUACUAAUCAGAUGCUGCAGCACAGCUGUACACAUAUCUUCUGUAUAAAUAGGCGUCAGCAGAAUGGUAGAUGCAUCAAACUAGAAGCUCUUCUUUCUUCCUCCUCUCUUCGGCCACAAUACAGAGCAAAUCUUCAAGCUCAGACAUGGCUUUCCACCAAAGAUCGACAAGUUUGCCUUCUAGGCCUCACGUCAGUGAGACCGAAGUCGAGCUAGAGCUUCAGAGCCUGGAAGCAAGCAUUUCUUCCUCCAAUUCCAUCAGCACGAUGUGCGAUGGUCUCAGGAAUCUUGCAAACAUCUACGAUGCUCUUGAAGAGAUUAUUUGCCUACCAAGCAACCAAGUUUGCUCCUCCCAGCAGAGGAACAUAUUUGAUGGAGAAAUGGAACGUUCUCUCGAGCUCCUUGAUCUCUGCGGUGCCAUGCAAGAGAUCUUCGUCGAGAUGAAGGCCAUCAUCCAAGAGCUGCAAGUGACUCUAAGGAAAGGGGAUGUUGCAGCUGCUCAAGCCAAGAUCCAGUCUUACACCCACUUGGCGAAGAAGGCCAGGAGCCAUUUCAAGAAGGCCACGAAGAAGGCUCCUGCGGAUUUCAGGAUGGUCAUGCUAUUGGCCAAGGCCAGGGAGGUCUCUGCCUCUCUCCUGGAGUGCACACUCCAUCUCGUGUCGAAGAAAAUCGAAAUGCCUAAACAAUCUCUUGUUUCCAAGGCAUUUCACAAGAAGAAAGCGGUUGUUUGUAAGGAGGAACAAUUGUCGGAGUUAGAGUGCAGUAUCGGAGAUCUUGAGAGUGGAGCAGGACAUCUGUUCAGGAAAUUAAUCCAGAGCAGAGUUUCUCUACUCAACAUCCUUAGCUCAUAGAUACUCCCAAGUCAUUCUUGGCGCCCUCCGAUCGGCAUCCGCCUUUUAAGGAAUAGCUGAUCUUCAUACAACUAUACUGUAUAAAUGUACAUGGUACUACAGAAAUAGAAAGUGAAACCAAAGUUUUGAUCCAUUUGACCAUUUCAUCCUUGAAGACGUGUUUGUGAUCCCA